AUAAGUAGUUAUUGAUAUUCUGUCAAAGGUGUAUUGGAACUGACAUUAGUCUGUGUUGACACUCGAUAUUUGUGAUUUAUGAAUAUAGAGAGAGACAUUUUACACAAUUGGGAAUUGACUAUAUUUUUAUAUUCUGAUUCAUAUUCAGUAUUGUGUUGUGUUGUCUGACAUCAGUUGUAUGUAGGGAAACGGCUGUCGCGGAUUUUUAUUAUAACUUAUAAAGUUAGUCAUAAUUCGAUACAAAGUAAUGUUUUACGUCAUCCCGUAUAGGUCUACCCAGCAUCAGUAACUCUUUAAUGCUUGAAAAGAUGGCUGAUCAGAAGAAAAAUGUGAGAAGAUCAACUGUUUUCGUCUUCAUCCUUAUAUUUAGUUUCUGUGAUUCAAUAGAAGCGACGAACCAAUCUGCUUUAUUAAAAAAAAUAUUUAGCAACUAUCAUACUGAUGUCAUACCUCUUUGUGAAGGUAGCCCAGGGCCCAUAGAUGUCUAUGUUGGUAUUGCUGUAAGACAGGUUAUAGAAUUGAAUGAACCUAAACAAAUCUUAACAUUAAACGCUUGGAUGAGAUUGGCAUGGUUUGAUUGUCAGUUAAUAUGGAAUGUCAGUGAAUAUGGUGGUAUAGAUAAUCUCGUUUUACCAUUUCAAAAGAUUUGGACACCUGAUAUUACAUUAUAUGAUAAUGCUGCUGAUGAAUUAACAGGAUUAAAGGAUUAUAGACCAUCCGUAAAUUCAGAUGGAAAAGUUACGUAUUUGUUCCCUACUGUUAUUGACAGUCUGUGUCGGGUUGAUGUCACGUAUUUCCCUUUUGAUACACAAAAAUGCCCGUUGACUUUCGGGUCGUGGGCGUACACUGGAUCCGAAGUAGACAUCUGGAAUAAAAGUGCGACCGGGGAUAUUAGUAGUUUUAAAGUAAACACUGAAUGGACUUUGGAGAGUGUACCUUUAAAGAGAACUGUCACGCUAUAUCCUUCCAGUCCCGAACCCUAUCCCGACGUGACGUUUUACGUGACACUCAGACGAAAACCACUAUUUUACGUCCUGAAUCUGUUGUUUCCAUGUAUUCUGAUUACGUCCGUUGCAAUGUUGGGAUUUCUGCUGCCACCAGAUGCCGGAGAGAAGGUAUCGUUAGAAAUUACAGUUUUACUGUCAUUGGCGGUUUUCUUACUCGUUGUGUCAGAAACACUACCACCAACCUCUGAAAACUUUCCAUUCAUAGGAAUAUAUUUCGCAUGUGCAAUGGUGAUGGUGUCUGUGUCAACAAUUUUAACAGUCUUCGUUCUCAACUUCCACUUUAAAGGUCAGCAUGGGCGACCUGUCCCUAGGUGGAUCAGAAAGGUAUUUCUGGGAGGUCUGGCAAGGGUACUCCUGGUAAAAGACUAUGAAGCUUCAGUUCAUCCACAGAGAGAAGUCGAUGAUUUUACCCCAACCGAAUGUUCCAAAAAACAGAAACCUCACACAAAUGGCGUCUUAUUCCAUGUUAAUAACCACAAUGGCACAAAUGGCAUCCAUAGAAACCAAGAUUCUGAAGUGAGGCAGAUGGAUCCUAUUUUAGGUGUAAUGACGGAACAAUUGAAUAUUUUGAAAAAAGUUCAAAAUGAAUUCGCUGAUCAAGAAAAAAAGGAGAGGUUAAAUUCAGAAUGGCAGCGUGUUGCUAUGGUGAUGGACAGGUUGUUUUUGUUGUUGUUUUUCCUGUUUACCGUCAUAUGUACUCUUGCUAUAUUACUACAGUGCAUUAUACAAUGAGAAAGCUGAAUCGCAACACAAACACUAGUGUAGUGGUGACGAAAAGAAAAGGGUGGCAACUACCGCCACAGAUAUACUAUUCAAAAAAAGUAGGGGAUAUUUGAUUUUGGGGGCAUAAUACUAAAAUAUGCAAAUGACUACGAAAAAAGUCACUAUAGAACCUAACAGAAGAAACAUUUCCAGUUACAUGUGACGCCCAAACGCACCAAUAGCUACCGCAUGGAAUGCAGGUGAUGCUUGGGAUCAUCAUGGGGGUCCAACCCAAGAUUUGCACGACUCUGACUUUGAAUGUUACAGUCAUUGUGGCAUUGAAUUCCAGGGUGGAAACAUUAGUGACCAGAAAACAAAUUUUAAUAUGCGUCGGCUUACCCAAAAUGAAAGGUUACGUGCCCUUGGCAUGCUACAGAUCGGCACAACACAGGCGGUUGUGGCGCGGACGAUGAAUGUUUCUCAGUCUGUCAUAAGCAGGCUAUGGUCCAGAUACCGUGAUACACAAUCUGUACAGGACAGACCACGCUCAGGUCGACCAAGGGCGACAACUCAAGCCCAGGAUCGAUUUAUCCGUACCUUGGCCUUGAGAAAUCGUGUCAUCACAGCAAAUCAGAUCAGCGCUCGUCUUCAAACAGACACUGGUGUGAGAGUGAGUGGCCAGACGAUUCGGAAUCGACUGCAUAGGGGUCACCUUCGCGCCCAACGCCCUCGCGUGAUCCCUUGUUUGAGAGAUCAUCACAUUCAGGCAAGACGUCGUUGGUGUAGGGAUCGUCAACACUGGGAUAAUCGACGCUGGAGCAAUGUGAUGUUUUCAGAUGAGUCAAGGUUCACUGUUGAUUUUUUGGACAGACGUAGGAGGGUGUGGCGUCGUCGAAACGAGCGCUUCCAAGACGUUAACGUCAUCAGACAUGAUCGAUUUGGGGGUGGUUCUGUUAUGGUGUGGGGAGGCAUCACUGUUGCUGGAAGAACGGCUUUACAUGUUGUUGCAGGGCGUGUUACAGGCCAGUACUACCGGGACAACAUCUUGGCAGUCCAUGUUGUGCCGUUCGCACGACGUCAUGGCCGCCGUUUCAUCUUCCAGGAUGACAACGCAAGAUGUCACAGGUUACCUCCAACAACAGAACAUCACCACAUUACCUUGGCCAGCACUGAGUCCCGACCUCUCCCCCAUCGAGCAUGUCUGGGACAUGCUUGGACAGAGGUUACGUCAACGUCAACAACGUCCUGCCAAUGUCAAAGAACUUGCUGCUGCGUUGCAACAGAAAUGGGACAAUCUGGACCAAAAUGACCUUAGACGUCUCAUUAGGAGUAUGCCACGUCGGAUCAAUGCUUGUUUGGCAAACAGAGGAGGAUUUACCCGUUACUGACUUGGUUGUGAUGCUGUGGUAACUUUGCUGUUUGACCCCGGGUAUCAUUUUACCCUUAUAAUGGUCAGUCUGUGCCUUACUUAGUCUAACGAUCAUUUGGAAUAAAUCGAUGAAUGUGAACUUCAUUUCAUUUUGUCAUUUGUUUCUUCGUCAGUUUCAUUAGGUGACUUUAAUAACACUUAAAAAUCAAAUAUCCCCUACUUUUUUUGAAUAGUAUAUAAAGCGAAAGAACUUUGUUUUUGGACAUUAAAGUUAAUUUUACAGACGGUCUGUAAACUCUUGAUCCUGUUAAUUCAAGGCAGCUUAAUGUUGUGCUACCAAUAUCUGGUAAUUAUAAUCAUCACCAUCAUCGUCAUCAUAUUGAUAAUAUCUAAUAAUAUAAAAUAUCAUUAUAUAAUCAUAGUAAUAAUAUGUAAGGAAUUAUAUGAGAGUAAAAUUAAUAUCAUAAAACGUUACAAGCGGAUGCUUGGUGAAAAUAAUAUGAGGACAUGUCAUAUCUGUGCUUAUUUAUAUAUAUUCACCACAACAAUAUAUCGAAGAUAUGGGUCCAUGUAAAUGAUGUAAUUAUUAUCACUUCAUAAGUUGUCACAGAUUCACAGUACCUUUGUACGUUCUUGCAAGAUUCUUAAUAAAUAACAUGAAUUCCAUGUACUUGUUCUUACUCAUGUUAUAAGUGUUUUUUGACCAUCAGCAUUCUGCAAAAUCUUCCACCAAAGUACAGGAAAUAACAUUUCAGGGACUCGGGAUCUUUUAUCUAAUACUGAGCAAAAAAUCUUAAGAAAGGGAGGAAUGUAAUACGAUUAGUAGAAUUUUUGCCUUUAAAUUAAUAAUAGCAUAAAAUUAAUACAUAAGUGCUUAUUGGUACCAUAUUCAUAGACAAGGCAUUCAUAUCUCACGCAUUCGAAUGAGUGAUAGGUUGACACAUAAAAAAAGCUGUUAUUAAUAAACAUAGCCGAUUCUGGGUGAAACCAGAAUAUCAUGUUCAUCACUAAUGAUAGGAAAGUUACCAUUCCAUUUUUGGCAUGAGUGGCCAAUUGCAUGAUUAAUUACACCAUAAUUAGCCAAUAGAAUAAUUAAUAGCUGUGAAUCUGAGCGUAUAUAACAAACAGAAUGUUCGCUCUUGGGUAGACACCAUGUAGAAACCCAUUGAGGUUCAAGAGAUACCAUCUGGAAUGAGCAGACCACAUUGAUUUGUAGUAGAGCCAUAUGACGUAGUGUGUUCCAUCAGUAAACUCAUCUGCAAGUUACGGGUGGAGAGAAAGACACGUUAAUUUUAAGUAUUGUAAUGUAACCUAAGCUUGUAAUCUAUGUAUCCAGUACUUGAUAUAAAAUGUAGAAACGAA